AUGGCAUUUUGGAUUGUGAGUAACAUCGUUCUUAAUACUCUGAUUGGACUCAGUUUUAGUAAAGAAAGGACAAAAUCUGGUGAAAUUGUUAUGUAUGAUGUGGCAUAUGUAACGGAAAUACCACAAAGGAAUAAACUUGUCACUAUACCUCAUAGGACAACAUAUGGAUUGUACAAGAAAAUACAUCGCCAACCAAGCGUCUUAGACUGUUUAUCCCUUUAUGAGAUGAGCUAUGUCGAAUACGGUGUCUAUGUUACUCAACCGACUGAAGGUGUAAAUAUUGACGUGUGGUGUGACAUGUCCAAUGGUGAAUGGAGAUUAAUUCAACGCCGCCAAGGUGGAUCUGUAGACUUUUAUAAAGAUUGGGAUGAAUACGUGGAUGGAGUUGGUACAAUAAUAGGAGAGUAA